AUGGAUCCGCCACAGUCUAUUUCUGGUGUCCUGGACAUGGCAGAAUCGCAUCAUCAACAGACCUUCGAUAUGCCAGGCUCCGCAUUCAAACCGACAGAGGAGCCCGGCGUCGCUCCAGGGUUUCACGCUGGAUACAGCAGUGACUCGCACGCUCAGUACACUUCGCGUACCGCGGAUCUCAAUUCACUUUCCACAUAUGAAUAUCGAACCCGCGAGGACGACCAAUCUCGCUCCAAUCCAUCCCCGUCAUUGGCGCAACAGCCACACCUGCCGUCUGUACCAAGGCCAGACUCCGGGUUAUCUUCUGGACCUGAGCAGCGCCAUGGUAUCUCGCAAGUUUCCCAGGAAGUCGGACAGAAACAGCCAUCCCAGCCAACAAAGAACAGUGUUGUAAUCAAGGUUGGAAUGGUCGGUGAUGCCCAGAUUGGCAAGACAAGCUUGAUGGUGAAGUAUGUCGAGGGCAGUUGGGACGAAGAUUACAUCCAAACACUAGGGGUCAAUUUUAUGGAAAAGACCAUCUCCAUCAGGAAUACGGAAAUCACCUUCUCCAUCUGGGAUCUUGGCGGCCAGCGCGAGUUUGUCAACAUGCUUCCGCUCGUGUGUAACGAUGCCGUUGCUAUUCUGUUCAUGUUCGAUCUCACACGCAAGAGCACAUUAAACUCGAUCAAAGAGUGGUACCGCCAGGGUCGUGGUUUCAACAAGACAGCAAUUCCUUUCCUUGUUGGUACAAAAUACGACCAUUUCGUGAACUUCCCUCGAGAAGACCAGGAGGAGAUCUCUAUUCAGGCCAAGCGAUUCGCCAAGGCGAUGAAAGCGAGUUUGAUUUUCAGCAGCACCAGUCACAGCAUCAAUGUACAAAAGAUAUUCAAAAUCGUCCUUGCCAAAGCUUUCGACCUGAAAUGCACCAUCCCCGAGAUCGAAAACGUUGGCGAGCCCUUGCUACUAUACAAGAAUGUUUGA